ACCUCUCGAUUAGGUAUGGAAUUCCCCGCGAUAUUGCAACCGCCGGCUAUAUAAACAAUUUAAGCGACCAUUAUCGCGCAAAAGUCGUAGUGAAAGUAGAGAAAGUGCACGACGCAAGUUCAUCCAAAUUCUCUCCAAAUUUUAGACAUAACUCUUCUAGAUCCAACCGUGCAAAUUCUAGACUCGAGAUAGGAAUUUAAUCGGAGGUUCCGGUCAAGAUGCUAUUAGGCGUGAUCGUUCUCGUCACGCUGGACAUUCUCAGCGUGACCGGAAAAGCUACUCCGAACGUGGACGAAACCAACGAGGGUGCAUCAAUUUACGGCUCCGAAAUCCAAUCCUCUCAACAAGUGGGCAGGUCCAAACGAUCAUUACCGAACCUCUACAACAUGAUGGAAAGGACGCUCCCUUGUACUAAGGGUUUGAAAGGAUCGUUUGUCUACAACGGGCAUGGAAAUUGGUGCGGUUCCGGGGGUUCUGGCAAUACUAUCGAUGGGAUCGAUGAAUGCUGUAGGGACCAUGACUAUUGUUACGCCAACAAGACUAAGUGUGGCUCCUCCUUGAAAGAAUACACAUCGAACUACGACUGGACCUUAUCAUAUGGUAGUAGACCUGACAGUCUCAUCAUAACCUGUAACGACCGAGACUUUGAGUCUUGUAAGUUCAUGCUGUGCGAGUGUGAUGUGAAGUUUAUCCGGUGUCUUCAAAAGCAACCAUGUCCCUAGGAAAGAAGGAUAUUGCACAAUUGCAUAAUUGGACUGCAUUUUGCAAAAAGGAACCAAGAGCAUUUCAAUGUUGCUCAGAUUGUGCAACUUAAAUCCUUUCCAAAAAAUUACAGCAACACGAA